UCUGUCUUGUCACGUUCACCGCACUUCAGCGAGUCUAUAAGAUGCAACACUGCCCUGCAAAAGCAUCCCUGCACUGAAGUCUGAACCCUCUCUCUCACAGGACAGUAAGAAUCUGAAGUCAUGUCGACCACCAUGACCCAACCCAGGCCCGUCAUCAUGACAUCUGCAUCCAGUGAAUGGAGCUCUGGCAUCUGUGAUUGCACACAAGACCUGCCGCAGUGUUGCCUUGCCUUUUGGUGUCUUCCCUGCUUCGCCUGUAAGACAUCAUACGAGGCCGGGGAGUGUGUAUGUCUACCUCUGCUGAAUAUCACCACACCAAUGAGGGUGUCAAUACGUCAACGAUAUGGCAUUGAGGGUACAGUUUGCAAUGACUGGGUGCACAGCUGCUUCUGUACACCCUGCACCUGGUGUCAAAUGGCAAGAGAGAUGAAAGCAAGGAAGAGUCCAGUUACCUUCAUCAGCAUGUCGUCAUGAAUUCCUCGC